AUGUCCAGACGUCUCGCCGAAGCCACCGAAGAUGCACUGCUCGAAGGCGGAAGAGCAGGACGAAAGGCUGUUGAGGAAGCUGGGUUCUCAGAUGAAUUGAAGAGCAAACUACUGGAAAGGAUCGAAGCCGCCAAAUUUAAAUCGGAGCAUGCAGCAGCCUUCUCGGAAGUUGGGAUGACAUCAAUCGUUGGACGAGAAUCAAGAGACAUUGCCACCGGGCAGGCAUGGACAGGAACAGAAGCUCCUGAAGACGCAGUACUGCGAAUGCUUGACGAUGCUCGAAAGCCGCUGAAGCCUGGUCUGCGGGGUCCAUCCAAGCUUCCAGUUGUUGACCUCAGGCCAAAGGGCCAACCGAAACAACGACCUGGGCAGAGAUUGGCCAAUGCCAGGGACAAGACAUCGAUAUAUACUACCUCGAAGGAUUCAGGUAUGACAGAGAAAGAAAGGGAGGAGAUGCGGAAGGAACUGAAGGAGAGAUUUUCCCCAGGGGCGAGGGCCAUUCCGAAUUCGAUUCGGGGCUUGGCUGCACUGGCGAAUGAGAGGAUUGAGGAUGCAAUUGCACGGGGGCAAUUCAAGAACAUCCCACGAGGGAAAGCUAUUCAAAGAGAUGCCCGAGCCGAUAAUCCUUUUCUUGAUACGACCGAAUACAUCAUGAACAAGAUGAUUCAACGCCAGGAUAUUGUACCGCCAUGGAUCGAGAAGCAACAGGAACUUGUCAAGGCAGCCAAUGUGUUUCGAGCGAGACUGCGAAAUGACUGGAAAAGACAUGCGGCGAGGACGAUUGCCAGUCGAGGUGGAAGCCUCCAAGAACAGAUGGGACUCGCAGAUCGAUAUGCGGAAGCAGAGAAAGUUCACAACCACAAGAGAAAGGCUGUGGAGCAGAUCUCUAUUCCUACAAAUGCCACCAGUGAUCCAGUCAUGGUGAAGAUUACUCAGGAAGCUCCUUCUACGUCCUCUCCUGAGAAGCCAGCGAUCCAGAUAUCUUCGGAGACUAAGAAUGGAGAGGCCACCGUGUUGGAGCCAACAACAGAUACAUCCACACCAAUACUGGAAACCCCAAGAGCACCCCUCCCCGCUCCCUUCCGAAUCCCCACUUGGGAAGCAGCAGAGUUAUCCUACCUUAAGCUCGCCAUCACGAACCUCAACAGCCUCACCAGAUCUUACAACCUCAUGGCCCCCGAGCUUGCCAAGAAACCUUACUUCUCUCUCGAGCGGGAGUUGAAAUCUUGCUAUGCGGAUGCCGCACCCCAACUAGCGGAAGAGAUUAAGGAAAGGGCCACGAGACCAGUGAAGGAACUGGUUGAGAAGAUCGGGCAUACGCCUGGCUCUGUUUUGGAUCGAUUUGCCGGCGAGCGGGCGAAUGUGUAUGACUCGAAAAAGCCACUGUAUGGGUGGAAAGAGUUCUGGAAUGAUUUAUGGGAGAAGCGGGUUUGA